AUGGCCAACGUCUACGAUGACCAAGACGGAGGCGCUUUCCGUCGCAGGAGACCGCGCCCGAUCACUGAUUAUGGCUCGUCCAUGGUUCAAUGGAUGAACAGCCGGCGACCCGCGUGGAAAGGCACAUCUCAUUACGAGCAAGAACGGCCGAGUCAGAGCUAUGUCAUCGACAUGUUACCGCCGCCGGCGCGACGGGAUGCACCCGCCGAGUCAAUACCCGUCCGUCAUUUGCACACCUCAUUAGGCAAAUCGAAGAAGCCGGUCACUGUGGUGCGCUGGAUGCCCGAAGGUCGUCGCUUGCUUGCCGGCGUGCAUAACGGAGAAUUCAUGCUCUGGAACGGCAUGUCAUUCAACUUUGAGACCGUGACUGCCAUGGGCUCGAGUUCUCUACGCGCGGCCGAGUGGUCGAAUCGAAAGGACUGGCUUGUUGCCGCCAACGACGAAGGCACAGUGUACUACCUCCAGCCGACACUGAACAAUCCGCAUCAGUUCAAGGGUCACGAUGCGCCCAUCAGAGACAUUGCGUUCGCGCCCUCGGACGCCAAAUUCGUUACCGCCUCGGAUGACAACACGCUGAAAAUCUGGGACUUUACUUCCUCGACCAAUGAAUCCACGUUCAAAGACCACGGCUGGGACGUCAAAGCCUGCGACUGGCAUCCUCAAAAGGGCCUGGUCGUCUCCGGGAGCAAAGACCACAGUGUCCGGCUGUGGGAUCCUCGCACCACGCGGAGCCUGACGACCCUGCACGGCCAUAAGAACGCCAUCACGGCGACGGUCUUCAGCCGCCUGCGGGAUCAACUCCUCGCCACGGCCGGCCGAGAUGGGCAGACCCGCAUCUUCGACCUCCGGAUGAUGCGCGACGUGGCAAUCCUGCGCGGGCACGAGAAAGGCGUGACAACGCUGUCGUGGCAUCCGAUCCAUCCCAGUCUAAUCAGCACUGGCGGCGACGACGGGUCCCUGCAUUCGUACCUCCUCACCGAACCCAACACCCCUGCUGGAAUCUCUACCGCCACGAUAUCGCCAUAUUCGACGAGCGACCCCCGCUCCGCUCCCCCACAGUCAAUCUAUCCCGCCCAUCGCAUCCCCCAUGCGCAUGAUUCCUCAAUCUGGUCGCUAGACUGGCAUCCCCUCGGCCACAUUCUGGCGACGGGUUCGAACGACCACUACACGCGCUUCUGGUCCCGCGCGCAACCAGGCCAGACAACAUGUUUCAAGGACCAAUUUCACCUUGGGGAGGAAGGCGCCGAGGCCCAAGGCACGUGGGACAGGAAAUUCGGCAAGAAGCAGGCCAGGGAGCAGGAGGAGAUGGAAGAACAGGACGAGGCCGAGGGGUUGGAGGACCAGGGCGCCAACACGGGUGACCACGCCGGCGGACUGGCGAUCCCGGGACUACCAGGCUUGUCGGGCAUGCCAUCAGGCCUGCCGGGUAUAGGCAUGGGGAUGGGAAUGGGGAUGAAUGGAUCGGCGGCGGCGCUCCCAUCAUUCCCCGUUCUGCAGAACAACAACGUCCGGCCGUCGUCCAGCCACCACGCACAGCAACAACAACAACAACAACCGCCUCCACCGAUCCCCCCGCCCUUCCCACCCAUCCCUGGAAUGGACGCCCAAAGCCUCCAACACCUCCUGGCCAUGUCCCAGCAGCAGCAGCAGCAGCAGCAGCAGCAGUCCGGCACGGGAGGUCCACCUCAACCACUUGACUUUUCGAAACUCAAUCUCCCGCCUGGGUUUCCGCCUCCGCCCCCGCCCCCGCCGCCUGGAGUCGGAGGCCCGGUACAAAUCCCAGGCUUCCCCCUCCCGCUGCCUCUGCCCGGAACGACCUCCCUUCCAGUCAUAGGUGGUGGUGGCGGCACAGGCACCGGUGGCAUCCCCGGUCUCCGCGGCGGCGAGCUCGCACCGGGUGCCAUCCCAGGUCUGGGCAAUACGAUGGCCGCCGCGCCGACAAACGACCCACGCGCGAGUACGAAUGCGGGUGGGAGUGCCGCCAGCGUGAGGAAACGUGGGCCUCUACCCAGCCAGGAACAAGGGUUUAAACAAGAACAGGCGAGGGGCAAUUACCGCGUUGCUCGAUAG